UCCCAUUGAAAACGCUACGUCCAGAUGAACAGAAUCAACCUUUUGGGAUUUACUUACCUGGAUGAUUAAGCAUGCAUCAAGACAUUACAUUAUAGAAGUAUAACUCGACGUCCUGUAUGACACGCUCGGACCUCAUUUUGGGAACCAUAUCAACACCGUCACACACUCUCAGUGUUGACUCUGCUCCAUUCAUUUCACUCUCCUCUGACUGAGAGGCAGACGGAGCUCUAGCGGUCAGACUCGCCACCACCAGCUCUGCAUCCUCCGUCCUCGGAGUCAAACAGUCGGGCCGUGGGUGCUCCGACGUUACUUUUUUUCCUCCACGUUUGGGUGUUUUUGCAGCUUGUGCUGGCGUGUGCGGCUUCGAGCAUGCAAAGCAAGCGCAGUUACCGAAACAAGGAAUCGGGGGCAACAUGGACAAAUCGGCAACUUAUACUUUACAAAUGCACUUUAUAUUUAUUCAUCUUUAGUCUGGAACUGAAGAGGAGCGUAACGGCGCCUGCCAAGUCUGAUGAUUUUGCUUUCUACCUUGAGGGCGAGGGCAAGUGCCUAGGGGUGCAGGAUCGCUCCCUUGCCCUGUCAGCCGCUUGUGAGGAACCCAACCAGCGCUGGAAAUGGGUGACUCGGAGGCGGCUGUUCAAUUUGGGCUCUUCCUUGUGCCUGGGUGUGAUCACUAAUAACGGCAGCUUCAGGUUGGAUAAAUUUCCUUUAGGAGUAUACACCUGUGAUCGCGAACCCCCCAAAGUACGCUGGAGCUGGAACUGUGACCAAGUGUUGCACAACUUCAACAGCUAUUUUCCAUCUGAUCUACCCUGGAAUCUGACAGUAGUCCGUUCCAAUUGGACUCUACACGGGGGGCUGCAAGAUCUGUGCUCCAAAACAAAUCAGGAGAUCUAUACAAUUCAGGGGAACUCUAAUGGUCGCCCCUGCUACCUGCCCUUCCUUUAUGAUGGCCAGUGGUUCCACACUUGUACCAGCACCGGCCGUGAAGAUGGCCAUCUUUGGUGUGCCACCACCUAUGACUAUGGCAAAGACGAGCUUUGGGGAUUCUGUCCUGUCAAGAGUAAUGGCUGUGAAACUUUCUGGGAUACUGACCCGGUCACAGACAGCUGUUACCAGUUUAACUUCCAGGCAACCCUAUCAUGGAGUGAAGCUCGGAUCAGUUGCCAGCAGCAGGGGGCAGACCUGCUAAGCAUCACCAAGCUGCAUGAGCAGACCUACAUUAAUGGUUUACUCACUGGCUACAGUGCUGCUUUGUGGAUUGGCCUCAAUGACCUGGACAUCAGUGGAGGCUGGCAGUGGGCCGACUCCUCACCACUCAAGUAUCUCAAUUGGGAGCAAGAACAGCCAAAUCACGCUGAAGAGAAGAACUGUGCUGUAAUAAGAACUGAGUCAUCAGGUCGUUGGCAAAACCGCGAUUGUUCAGUUGCUCUUCCAUAUGUCUGCAAGAAAAGACCCAACGCCACCCUUGACCCCUUCACCACUGAUUCGUGGGCAGAUGAUGAGAAAUAUGAGUGUGAUGUGGGCUGGCAGGCCUUCCAGGCUGGUUGCUAUAAGCUUACUUCAGAGAAAACUGACUGGAAUACAGCUCAGAAAACAUGCCAGAAAAUGGAGGCCAACCUGGUUAGCAUCCACACUCUACCUGAGCUGGAGUUCAUCAUACGUGACCUGAAGAAAGACACUGAGCAACUGUGGAUAGGGCUCCAUGACACUGACAUGCAAAUGGACUUCCAAUGGACUGAUCACACUCCUGUUAUCUUCACCUACUGGCAUCCCUUUGAACCCAAUAACUUCCGCAACACCCAGGAAGAUUGCGUCUCCGUGUGGGGACCUGAGGGCCGCUGGGAUGACAGCCCUUGUAAUCUGACCCUGCCCUCCAUCUGCAAGAAAACAGGAACAAAGAGUGAUGGGAAGCCAGAGCACCAACAGUGUAAAAAGGGCUGGAAGUGGCACAGUCCUGCUUGUUACUGGGUGGGAGAAGAAAUGCUCACCUUUGAUGGAGCCAGAAAGUUCUGCGAGGACCAAGGAGCCACACUUAUUACUAUCACUAACAGGUUUGAGCAAGCCUUCGCCAGCAGCCUGGUUUCCGGGCACUCUGGAGAUUCCUUUUGGAUUGGACUCCGUAACAAGGGAAAUCAUGGUGCUUUCCAAUGGAUUACCAAUGAGGAAGUGUCCUACACCCACUGGAAUCGAGACCAGCCAGCCAACAUUAGUAGCGGCUGUGUUUCUAUGGCGACGGACAAAGAACAAGGUCUGUGGGAUGUGAGGGAGUGUGCAUCAUCAAAGGCCAAAUUCAUCUGCCGUCAGGGCCCCGAGCUCCCCGUCCCUCAGCCCACCCCGAGCCUCAGCGGGUCCUGUCCCAGCGGCUGGAAGAGCAACAGCAAACUACGCUACUGUUACAAGGUGUUUCAUUUCUCCCAGCUGGAGCAGAAGUUAACUUGGAUGCGGGCUCAUAAUUUCUGCAGGAAACACGGAGCCAACCUGCUGAGUAUCAGUAGCUCUGAGGAGGAGCAGUUUGUUCUGCAGAUCCUCCAUGAGGCCUUUGGGGAGUCAGAGGAACAUGAGCAGCACUGGUUCUGGAUUGGACUGAAUCGCAGGAACCCCAUGGACAAUGGAAGCUGGAAGUGGAGUGAUGGACUAGCUUUAACAUACCAGAACUUUGGUCGGUACUACUACAACAUACGGCAGUGUGCUGCGGCAGACUUGGGUAGUAUGACUUGGCUGGCCAUGCACUGUGACUCUGAGUUAGACUGGAUCUGCAAGAUCCCUAGAGGUAGUGUUGAGAAGGUACCAGAAAUCACUGAAGGCACCAGUUCACCUGAAUGGAUUGGCUUCCGGGAGGCUGAGUAUAAGUUUUUUGACCACCGUAGCACCUGGGACCAAGCCCAGAGGAUUUGCUCCUGGUUUGAUUCUUCAUUGGCCUCGGUUCACUCAGCAGAGGAGCAGACGUUCCUGGCCAACACUUUACGCAAGAUGUCAAAGGUGGAAGGUGACCUCUGGUGGUUGGGACUUCACACCUAUGAAAAUGACGGCCGCUUCCGAUGGUCUGACCACUCUGUGUUAAAUUAUGUGGCCUGGGCCCUUGGCAGGCCGCUCCCAAUCAGCCGAGAUCGGAAAUGCAUCUGCAUGUCAGCCAACAAAGAGGACUGGGCUGAUCAAAAGUGCCACUCUGACCUGCCUUACAUCUGUAAGAGAGUGAAUGUCACAGGGACCGCUCCUCCAACUCCACCAUCCCCUCAUCCACCAUCAGGGUGUCGUGAUGGAUGGUCUUCCUUUCAGCAUAAGUGUUUCAGAGUAUUUGAUCAGUCAAACCGAGUCACAUGGUCCGCAGCCAAGCUAAACUGUGAGAGUCAGGGAGGUGUCCUGGCAGUGAUAUCCAAUCAUUUGCAGCAAGCUUUUGUCACCACUUUGCUGAAGAACGCCAGCACUGAACUUUGGGUGGGUCUGACUUCAGACUCAAAAGCAAAUUUCAACUGGGCCAAAGCUGGCCUGCUCAGCUACACAAAUUGGGCACCUGGCGAGCCUCUCGACAACAGUGGACCACACCAGAACAAGACGCCGGGAAACUGUGUGGUGAUGUAUCAUGAAAACUGGCAGAAGAAAACAGGCAUGUGGGCUUCUCGAGCCUGUGAGAUGGAAAGUCAUGGCUUCAUCUGUCAAAGACAACAAGACCAAGGUCUCCCUCCGUCUCCGGCCCUCAUUCCUGCCUCCCUGUCUAAGCCUGUGGAGCUGGGGGGAGUGACGUACCGAGUGGUGAAAAAACGCCUGGAUUGGACUGGUGCUCUGCACCUCUGUGAAUCUUUGAAUGGGACUCUUGCCAGGGUGAAGGAUCCCUUCCAGCAAGGUUACCUCACACUGCUUAUAAACAGCUUGCGCCAGCCAGCCUGGAUUGGGCUUUACAACUAUGGAGGAAGGAGCUUUACCUGGCUGAAUAAUGAAGAUGUCAUAUAUUCAAACUGGAAUGAUGGAGAGCCUAGUCUGAUGGCUGGAUGUGGUCACAUGACCACCACAGGGCAAUGGACUGUGACUCCCUGUGAUUCGAGACUGGAUGCUGCUAUCUGUCAAAUGAGUGAUGAGCCUGUGAUUCAUCAGUGGAUCUACACUGGCAUGUGCCCCCAGUCUCUGGGAGAGUGGGCUUGGGUCCCUUUCAGAAACCACUGUUACGCCUUCAAUUUGCAGCUGCUUAGACUGCAGGAUGAUGCACAUAGAUCCUGCAAAAAAAUCGGAGCAGAACUUCUCUCCAUCAUGGAUGAGACAGAGAAUGGAUUUGUAUGGGAGCACAUCCAGAGUUAUGCAGAACAGGCACAUGGAGCUUGGCUGGGUGUCAACGUGAAAGGUAGAGGUCUAGUGUGGGCCGAGGGCACAGAGAUGCUGUAUACCAACUGGGAGGGACAUGAUGUCGCUUCUUCUGUGCUCUCCAUCAACUCCUGCUUCUGGAUCCAGAGCAACACUGGUCGGUGGAAGCCGGGCUCCUGUAGAAAUCGCACACACGGAGUCAUCUGCAAACGGCCUCGCAGUACUGAAAUCUUAACUUCAGACGUAGAUAGUCACCGCCUGCCCACGCUGAUUGUUGUUAUGGUGGCGGGCCUGGUGCUUGUGGUGUUGAUUGUUGGCGUGAUCUACUUCUACCGCCAACGAACUGUUGGAUCGCGGGGCUCUUAUGAAGGGGCCCGCUACAGCCGCACCAACUCCAACAGUGCAGAACAGGCUGAGAAGAAUAUCUUGGUGUCUGACAUGGAGUUGAAUGAGCAGCCAGAGUAGCCCGAGCCGCCCUGGACUAACGGACCAACCCGGGACUGAACCCGACCUGACACAGUAGAGGCUGAUUUCAAAGUGCUGAAUACAAAUUGUGGCAUGUAUCUGUUUUUGCUGCCACUUUUGAAACCAAAAAAUGAGAAAAAAACAAAACAAAAAAAGAUUUUUAAAGUGCUGAAAGGCUGUGUGGAGCGCAGCAGAUGUUUAUUUUUUAAAUUGAAACCCUGUCUUCAAAAUCCCGUUUUGCCAAAAUCUAACAGUUUUAGUGAUUUUUCCCUUCACAAAUCAGAUACCUCCAUCUGCACAGCUCUUUCCUAAAAAGAAUUCAAGAAGGCCAUAAUGGAUCAGAUGGGAAUAAUUUGUCCCAGCUGGAAAUAUUCACCAUAAAACCAGUUUUAUGCAAAAAAAUCUUUGCUGCCUUCCCUGGUGCCAAAGUCAGUUUUUUUUCACAUUGUAUAUUUUCUUCCUAUUUUGAUUGACUAUAAAGCCAAAAGAAAAUUUCACAGCUACGGAUCAGUUUCAACAACAUUUUUCUGUCAUCUGAAUAUCUGCAGUCUUGUUCGGGAUCAAAGUCAUUUUUCUGAUUUGCUUUUUGGUUUUUUCUUUCUUUUUUUUGCCACGUCAAUAUUAACCUGAACUUGAACUUGUUUUUUGUUGGUUCUUGUGUACAUGUGUCUUUCCCACUGACUUUUCAGUAUCUGUGCAGCUGCAGAGAAGUGUAACUCAUAAUGCAUGUGUGGUUUUGUGAGCCUGCCUCCCUCCUCUUUCCUGAUGUGACACGUCGGCACCAGCUGUCAGGCAAGCAGAGGAGGAGGAAGAAGUCUAAAUGUGAAUGUGUGGAAGGUGACAGGGACCAGUGACCUCAAACCGUCUGAGGGCAUACACUAUAAUUGUGCACAUAAGUAGAAGUUUGUAUUGAAAGCUGGUCUUUAAAUAGACUGCAUUGUCUUUUUUUUUGGUAUAGCAGGUCUGAAGGUUGUCAUCAAAUGAUCAGACUUUGAGCUUCCAUGACUUUAUGAUAUACAUUUCCGCACUUUCUUCCAUUGUCUUGAUCUGAUUCGGUCUUACUUGUUGCCACUUGCCUUUAGUCAUUUUCCUUAAGGCUCAGUAACUGCUCCCAACUUGUUUGUUUUGGCUUCUCAUGCUGCCAUCUGGAGCUGAUUCAGCAUUUUUAAGGGCAGUAGUUUCUUUGUAUGCAAAGGAGUUACAAUUUGAUAUUUUCCUGAUUAACCAUUUUAAUGACCCUUUAUUCACUUUUCCCAUUCUAUGUUAUAACUGUCUGUCUCUUCUCUUUUUGUCUUUUUAAUGAUGCCGGUUUGACUUACAUAAAACCCUUAAAAGACAUUUGGAGGCAUACCCCCCUUUUAUGGGAUGCUGGCCAAUACUUAAACUUCGAAUUCUCCUGCAACAGAAAACAUCGCUCAUGUGAAUGACACAGUUGCAACUAUGAGAGCCAAAAAAAAAUGUCUAAACACCAAAUUCAGUCGGGGGGUUUUUCACGUCGUUUUAAGAUUUCACAUUUGCCUCAUCAAAUAUUUUCCUUGCCUUUUGAGUGCAUUUCUGUCUUCCUGUUUAGAGGAAUGCUUUGGAGCCAUUUCAGUCUGAGGCUUUUGGUGUUUCACUGAAGCUGUUAUGGAAAAAAAAAAAAAAAAGAAAAAUCACAGCCCUUUUUGCUCUGUGAGUCGGACUAAGAUUGAGGGGGAAGGGAGAAGGAUAGGGAGUAAGUAGAAGUGUGUGUUUUAGUGUGUGCGCAGUCUCCAGCUGUGGAAUGUUGAGUCGGCAAGAAGAGCUCAGUGGCACGUCUGGAACCAAUCAGCGAAGGGGGGCUUUGGGACAUGAAGGUCAGAAAAAAAACAGAAAAAAAAUAAGUAAAGAAAAGGGAAAAAAGGAGGAGGAGUGUAAGGAGGAGCUAGAGAUGAAGGUAGAGAAAAAGGAAUGUUAAAGGUGCAGGGGUUUAGUCCGAGCUUACUCUGUCCUCUGCUGGUGGAUUGCUGUAAAGGUUUGCCUUUAUGUGCAGUAGAUGUGAACCCAUUGAGGUGAUGAUGUAAAAGUGAGAUAAGCAUCGGUGUGAUCCCCAGUGUCUGUGAUGCAGGUUGGCUCAUGUCCCUGUGAAGAUACCUGAAGCACCUGGUAAUUUGUAAGUUUUUGUGUCAUUUUUAUAUGAAAUGAAUAAAAGUCUAUGUUCUCAAAA